CAUUUUGGGAUAUUGAGAUUUUCCCGAGCAUCGCGUGUGUUUAGAUUAAAACACAUUUCAGCUUAUUUGGUUUGUGGUUAUUAUAUCUGAAAACUAAACCAAGUUAAAAAUCAACUAAUCGCAAUUUAUAUGACUAAUAUCAGAGUGCUAGGAGUAUUAAGCAGCAACGGCAAGCAACUGAUAAAGCAAUCCGUCCGAAACCUGCAGCAGCUACAUUUUUGGUCAUUCUCAACGAAUUUUCCUAAUCGAUUCAGUCAUAGUAGUGUUGGUGUUUUCAUCAAGUGUACAUCGACUGCGUUAUCAGUCGAAAACGGAGUAGGUGCGAAACGGUGCUAUUUGAUCAGCAGAAGUAAAAUGAGCCCAGAUUCUUCAAAGCCUAAAGUUGUUUUCGUUCUGGGUGCCCCUGGAGCCGGCAAGGGAACUCAAUGCGAAAAGAUAGUACAACAUUUCGGGUAUACGCAUCUAUCGGCCGGAGAUUUACUGAGGGAGGAACGUAACCGGGAAGGUUCCGAGUAUGGGCAGCUGAUCGAGGAUAACAUAAAAAACGGUAGGAUCGUCCCCGUUGAAAUAACCUGUGCGUUACUGGAGAAUGCCAUGAACAAAACCCGUGAGUCUACCGGUAAUGACAAAUUUCUGAUCGAUGGAUUCCCCCGGAAUGAGGAUAACUUGCAAGGCUGGAACAACAAGAUGUCCGAAAAGGUUCUGCUUCAAUUUGUGCUGUUCUUCGAAUGUUCCGAAGAUCAGUGUAUUCAGCGUUGUUUAAAGCGAGGUGAGAGCAGUGGUCGCUCGGAUGACAAUCUUGAGAGCUUAAAAAAGCGCUUUAAUACUUAUCUGAACGAUACGAUGCCGAUUGUUGACCACUACAAAAAACAAGACUUGGUGCGAACCAUCGAUGCAAUUGCCGGUCCAGAUGAAGUUUUCGAAAAAGUAAAAGUCACAUUCGAAGGUGUGAAUUAGAUUAGAACCGAAUAGUGGAGUUACGACAGAUACAGAAAUACUGAACUACAGAUCAAUAUAGAAAUAAUUGUUCAAUGUUUUUGGGCGCGCGAUAAAUCGAGGCAAACUACUGCUGUCAUUCCGUGAAACGAAAACCUCUCGUUUCUGCAAAAUGUAAUGAAUAUUGUCCACAGUUAAACGAAUUUGAAGAACCCGUAAAUAUGAUUCAAUAAAAGUUGAUCGAUACUACAAUUGAUCAAAUGCACCAUGCGCUAGAAUACAUUAUUUUUUGUUCACCUAAAACAGUGUAUGUCGGAACAAUAAUAGGUGUCUGUUAGUUUAAUAUGUGUGUGAGUAAUGAAAUCUGAACAAAUUUAUAGCCAAAUAAAGCCGAUAUCAAUUGAAAGAUUA